GGCCCUCCGGCACGGGGCGAGCGGCUGCGGCGGGGCGGGGGGCGCCCGGCGAGGGGCGCCGGCAUGGAGCGGGACAAGUGCGCGAGGAGGGCAGCAGCGCGGCGCCCGCCGCCGCUCGCUCGGGGCUGCACCGGCUGAGGCGACCAGCCGGCCCGGCCCGGCCCGGCGAUGCGGGGCAUCCCCGGCUUGAAGAGGCUGCGGCUCAAAAUCUGGAGGCGAUGCACCCUCGUGUUCUUCCUCUGCUGGGCUGCCUGCUGGAUGGUGGUGAGCGCCUUGCUUUUUCUCGUCCACAGGAGCGUCUUCUCCGAGCGCUGCACGGACGAGAAGAGCCGCCGGAUCCUGGCGAGGCUGUGUCUGGACUACAGCAGCGGAGCCCUGACCGGUGACCUCUGCAAAGACUUGUGUGUGGCACAGACGCUGGUGUACAAACACUGCCUGUACUAUGACAGAGGUAAGAAGGUCAUCCAGGCUGACUGGAGAGGCCAGCCCAUCAUCCUGAAAUCCAAAAAGGAAAUCUUCUCCAGCUACCAACAUCUCAGUAUGCUAGAGGAGGUGGAAACACAGGAUAUUCCUGAAACAGAGAUUCUGCUGAUGGUAGCCCUGGAGGUCAAAAAUGUCCUGGGGCUAGAAUUAUCUAACAAUACCAUGGGGACCCUGUGGACAAGGAGGAAGGGGCCACAUUGGAAAGCACAAGUGGCCAGCAUGUGGUCCUUGCUCCAGCAGGAAGAAUAUAUCUACUUCAGUUUACUGCAAGACUUCAGCAAACAUGUGCUACGAAUUAUUGGCUCCUGUGGACAUUUCUAUGCUGUGGAGUAUCUCACAGCUGGACAUGCCUGGCACAAAACUCUUUUUCCCUUGGAAAAUGUGGUUGGUCCCUCCCUUGCUGGCAGCCGAAGCAGGGUGAGAGCCAUCAUUGACAUUGCACUCAGCUUUCUGGAUAUGGUGCAGCAUUUUGAUAAUGAUUUCUCUCACCGACUUCACUUGUGUGACAUCAAACCAGAAAAUUUUGCCAUCAGGCACGAUCUCACGGUUGUGGCCAUUGAUGUGGAUAUGGCCUUUUUUGAACCCAAAAUGAGGGACAUCCUUGAACAGAACUGCACAGCAGAUGAAGAUUGUAAUUUUUUUGAUUGCUUUUCAAAAUGCAAUCUGGAAAUCAGAAAAUGUGGAGCACAGAGAGCCAAUAACAACUUGCAAGUCAUUUGUGACAAAAUAUUCCGUCGCUGGUUUUCUCCAAAUCUCAGAGGACCCCUGGUUUCCUUCCCCCUGCAGUUGCAGUUGCAGAAGGCUGUACGUGAAUGUGCAGAGUUGGCACAUGAGGAUGCUACCAUGCACCAGAGAACUCUGAAAUCUCUCUCUGAGUUAUACCAUCUGCUUCAGGUCAGCCAACAUGAACUGCAAAGGGCAGAGUAGAUGGAAAGGGCAGAACUGCAAAGGCCUUGUCACAGCCUCUGUAAAGGAAGCUGUAUGAGAGGCAGCUUGUGUUUUCUUUCUCCCUCAUCCUUCUUAUCCAUUGUAUUACAUUUACUGCACAUAAAUUGUCUUUCUGCUAUGCAAAUGAAAUUCGUGACUGCA